UAUGCUCUGGGCCAGAGCUCUACAUUGUGCCAAACACUCCCACCUCUGCGCUGUGUCUGGAUACUUCUGCUGAACAAAAACAGCUUUUAGAAGAGACUGCACUUCAUUCCACGCAGUCAUCAUCAGGCAUUAUGCACUAGUGUUUUGGCUACAGUGAAGAGCCAAUGUUGUCAUUAUGAGCUGGUCCUAAAUGUGGCUUGAGAAAUGAAGGGUGGGUCCAAAGGUUCUAAAAUAUCUUAGAAUAAAUGAGUACACAAAACAACUAUUAUCAACAAAAUAGAACCUUUGUGGAAGUCUACAUCAGUUCAGCGCUGCUCUCCUGACAACAGCCUCCUGCUUCCUGCUCAGCUCCAUUCCCUCCUCUUCGUGGGUGAAGUGAAAUCCAUCGACGUGCUGGUGAGACUGGCAUCUCCACUAUGUGUGAUUUGGAUGUGUCCUCUGAACCCACUAGUCCCAUCCUAUAUGCUGAGUCUUCGGACAAGUACUACCAUGUGGACCGCUGGCAGAAGCUCCGCACCGCCGUCCGCAAACUGGAGUUUUGGGAAAACUUUACCACUGAGCUAAUUGGAAGUGGCUUCUUCUCCAAAGUUUAUAAGGUGAUUCACAGGACCAGUCAGAAAGUGAUGGUGGUGAAGAUCUACAAAAAUGAUGUGGACCAAGACAGCAUUGUAAGAGAGAUCAGCCUACUGCAGAAGCUCUCCCACCCCAAUAUCGUCAGAUAUCUAGGAAUCUGUGUCAAGGGAGACAAACUCUAUCCAAUUUUAGAGUAUGUAAAUGGUGGCUGUCUGGAGGAGCUUCUGGCCAGGAAAGACAUUCCCCUGUCCUGGAGAGAGAAGGUGGACCUGGCUUGUGAUAUAAGCAGAGGAAUGAUCUACCUGCACUACAAGAACAUUUACCACAGAGACCUCAACUCAAAAAACUGUCUCAUCCGGGUGACGUCACGGGGUCGGGAGGCCUUGGUAACUGACUUCGGCCUGGCCAGGGAAGUGGUGGAGCUGCCAGUCAAAGACCCUGGUAGGAAGCUGUCUUUGGUGGGCUCGGCCUUUUGGAUGGCCCCCGAGAUGCUCCGAGGAGAACCUUAUGACCGCAAGGUGGAUGUUUUCUCAUUUGGAAUUGUGCUCUGUGAAAUCCUUGCCAGGAUUCCUGCUGACCCGGAGCUAUUACCCAGAACACAGGACUAUGGACUGGAUGUGAAUGCAUUUAGUGAGCUAGUGACUGACUGUCCUCAGCGUCUCCUGGAUUUAACAGCCAAAUGUUGUAUGGUGGAGUCCUUCAAACGGCCUGCCUUCAUAGAGCUGCUGGAUGAGUUGGGAGAAAUCGAUGAAAAUCUGGAGCCACCAGUAAAGUCUGAAGUGACCACAAGCUGAAUCUUCUGUCUUGAAUGCCACAUAUCCAACAACAGGACGGGAGUGUGUGGCAUCGCUCACCUGCACUGCACAGUUCAUACCCAUAACAAAACCUUAACCUAACUUAAUCUUAACUGAGGUGGUGCAAAUGUAUACUAGUUGUGUUUGGACAAGGAUAUGGAAACUUUCCUGACUUCUCAUGGACACUUUGUGUACAGAUGAACAGUAGUUUGAAUUUACAGCAUAGACUGUUUUUUUUUUCUGCGUGUCUUACUGACUGUAAGGUCUUGUCCGCUCUUCAUUCUUUACUUUCUUCUGCUCUUUGCUUUAAAUUUGUGAGCAUUAACUCCAAUUUGUUUUAUGCCUCUUGUAUCUGCUUGCAUUCCCCUUAUGAUUUUGCAGGCUUGGCUUUUGAUUCAUUGCUUUGCCAAGAGGAAACCCACUGAGCAAGAUUGGUCCUCGUACAGAAUUGUUCUAUACUGGCACAAAUAGGUCACCAAACAUCAACGUGUAUGAUGGGAAACUAAACAGUUUCAGAAAUCUGAGCAUAUAUGCAGGGGUGCGCAUAGCUGGUACAUAGGUACACAUGCGUGACAAAAAUCAUGUGUAAUGUCUCUUGUGUUACUAUCUGAGAAUGUGGUGUUAAUAACAUGAUGGUCAAGCACGCAGUGACAUUACGCAUUCCUGAUUUUUGUCGCGCAUGCGUACCAGUUAUGUGCACCCCUGCAUAUAUGGAUACACAUAACAAAUCAUACAAAGAAGCAGGUGAAGAUAUUUGAAUUUGUCCUGUAGAAUUUGAGGACUAGAGAAAGAAGAGAAAGGGCACACGUCCACAUAGUAUUUACAGCUGAGAAGUGCAGUUAGUGCAAUGGAGAGUGCUGGGAUGAAGUGUUUCUACAGUGAGAGAAAUAAAACGCUACAGCUUAGUUUUUAAAUCUGUUAUAUAGGCGGCUAACUUAAUGCUAUGUUAAUUUGGUCGACUACACAAAACAAGAAACUUACAACUGAGAUGAUAAAAGGGUGAUAGGGUGAUCAAAGCACAACACUCACCAACAACACCGACCAGUGUCCAUGUGAUCUGCCCACACAAAUGGGCUUUUCUGUCUGAUAAAGCUCAACUGUUGGUUACCAGGCCUGAAACAGUGAUGCUUCCAGCAUCUUUUUGAAAAGUUCAGGUAUGUUCAACUCUUAACUGAUGUUGGGUGCAGUGCUUUUUUUCAUGCUGCCACAUUCACUCUCUCCUCAGUGGGAAUAACUGGAUAAUAUGAUGCCGUUGUCUGGACACAGGCCCAAACAGAAGUCGACAUUUUUUCUUAAAUAACACUGACAACCUCUAACAUAUUCAGCUUUUCAGCAACUGGAAUAUUUUAUUCAGUUGUUUAGUAGUAAUGGUUGAGUUGCAUUAAUUGAUGAAUGAAAUACAAAUGUGAUAAAAUAAAAAAGAACUUUCACAACAGAAGUUCACAACAGAAUUUUCACAAUAUGUUGGAUUGGGUCCAGCCCCCCGCAGCCUUCUAAAAGAUUAGUGGAUAAAGCUAAUGGAUGGAGAGAAACAUGUAACUUCACACUUCAGAGGCAGAUUUGUUUUUUUGCAAUUACACACAAAUGAUAAAACACUGAACAAAUAUUAAAAAAGAAUAAUAAGAUAUUGGAGAAGCAGAAAUCGUGGCAACUGUUUACGUAUGGAAAGAAAACUGAAUUGGGAAACAGACUUAACAAGGAAAUUAAUGAUUUUAUUUUUUAAAAUUGAAAUAUUUUAAGAAUGUUCUUGUUGUUUUGGCCACUCCCAAUGUUUUUGCUAUCUCUCUGAUGGGUUUAUUUUGUUUGACACCUCAUUGGACCUCGUGUUGAGUGUUCCUGUGAAGAGCUACCAAAUGCAUGCACUCAGAACCAACUCCAGGCCAGGUGCCACACCUGGUUAUGAAACUGCUUGUCAGUCAUUUGUCCCAUCAUUUAUGAGUGACCAAAAAUGGGGGUGGGUGUAUAAAAAUGGUUGUAAUUGCUAGGUGGUUAAUUAACGCCACACUUUUGUAAAAAUUCUUGAAUUAAAGCUGAAAGUCUUCACUUGA